AUGGCCCUUGCCUUUUCUUUCGGAUAUUCAAUGAACUACUCGUGCUUGCCACAGAGGUCAAAAGAGACGCUUGCAGUAGGUUCAGGGGUCUCAGAGAAAGUUGCGGCCAGUUCUGUGACCGGUUCUGUGACCUCAGAGAACGUUGUGGCAAGUUUUGUGACCAGGGCUCCAUUGAAGAUGGAGGUGGGCAUUGACUGUGGCUUUCAUACAGAUUGUCCAAGAAGCUAUGGGGCAUCCGACAUCAGAUCGUUGAUCUCGCAGAGGACUGAGAGCUCGACUCUUGCCGCAGUCAAGGCGCUUCACGCUCAGGGCUUAGCAGAUUGCAGCGACAAGGAGAAGAUCUUGACGUCCGGUGGAUGGUGCUACUUCGCAGAAGAGUCAAAGCCGGUCACGAAAGGAGACUACUCUGAUGCCGACUGGCUCCUUCCCCGCUUCCACAAAGAGUUUGACAAAGGUUUGGCCAAGGGCCUGGUCAAGCUUCUGUUGAAAGAUGGGGACUCGAUCACGGAUUGUGGUGCUGGUGUUGGGCAAGCCGGACACAUCCUGCGUGCCCUGCUGCCCACGCUGCAGUACCAUGGAUAUGAUGGAGCCGGAAAUUCGGAAGAGUUCACCAAUGGCUAUGUGCGUUUCACCGAUCUUUCGUAUCCCAUGAAUUUGGCAGUGUCUGAUUGGGUCAUCGCUCUUGAGGUCGGCGAGCACAUCCCGUAUCAGGUCGAGAAGGAAGUCGUUGCCAACCUUCACGCUCACAAUCGCAAGGGCUUGAUUCUGUCCUGGGCGAAGCUGAAACAAGGCGGUCACGGCCAUGUGAACUGUCACAGCAAGGAGUAUAUCAUCCAGCUCUUUGAAGAACUUGGCUACAAGUGUGAUGUCCCGCUUACAGAAGCAUUACAAAACGCUUCGGGAUAUCCCUGGAUCAAGGCCAAUGUCAUGAUCCUCAGGCGAGCUUAG